AUUAUUCUAGCUAUCUUGUAGUUGCGAAUCGAUGAUUAUUUAUUCCAAAUAUAAUGUGACAGACUGUUGUGUUUGUCCCGGCAACUGCAUAUAACAAAGAUGGCGGCCAAAAUUGGAAUUGCUGCCAAUUUGCGAUGAUUUAUCAGUUAUUAUGUCACUAUCAUUGAUAUAAUAAGAUUAUUUAGAUAUCGAAAGUCGGCAUUAAGAACUCGAACUUACUUCUUUGAAGAUGUAUUGCAAUAUACGUUGACAACAAGCAAAAUACUACAAAUAAAAGACGCGUAGGAAAAUUAAUUUUGUGUGCAAAUUUUUGGAAAAAACUGCAAAAAAAGUGAUAACUAUGGCUGCUGAAGUAAUGUCGAUAGAUCCCUUCAAAAGGAAUGCUUAUUCAGAAAAUGUCAAGUUUGAUAUUCCCGACAAAGGCAAGAAAUACUCCACUGGACCAAAGUCUCCAGUUACAGGAGCCGCAGAUAUCCCAUCAGAUGGAGCAAUAGAGGUCUAUAACCCAGAAAUCAAUAUGAAGAAGGCCCCUCCUAAGGAAUGGGAGCUGGAUGUUAAAGGGAUGAUUUCUACCAAGAAAUGGCUGGCAAAUUAUGGACUGAGGAGAAACAGAUUGGAUAUGCAUCAUGUUUUACCACAAAUUGGUUUCAAACACAGUGAUGAAUUUGAUUCCUCAAUGAAGAAACCAAUAAGCAGUCGCUAUGGUGAUGGGUUGUUUCAACGUUUCAACAGAAAUGAUGGAAGGACUUUCAAUGUGACGUGUGGAAAAGAGAAACUUAAACAACUAGCCAAUAGGCUAAGCCAGGCCAUACUUCUGUAUAAACGUCGCCUGGAGUGGUUGACCACUGAAAGCAGGCGUAUAUUUGGUGUCAUAGAGGAACACUGCGUAUGCAUUGUCCUUGAUAUAAAGAACAUGUCCCCUCAGCAGUUUGAUCAGUUCCGCUGUGCAAUGGAGAGAGUUCUUAGGGAGCAGGUCUCUCAGCUGGCAAAGUUUAAUAUUAUGAGGGCCGCUGAAGACUCCGUGAAGUACCAGCCUGAAGCUAUCCCCGUCACUAAGGCCACUAUAGAGGGCGCUAUAAAUUGGAUGUGGAAUAUAGAUCGUCUUGCUGCCGUGUCAAAGACCGCCACCUGUGAAUGCGUGCUUAAUGCUAUGACAGACCAUAAUAUUGAAGCUGUUUAUCUAUUCACAGAAGGACAGUCAGUUGAUGGAUCAAGAGAACUGCUGAAAGAGAGGAUCAAAAACAAGUCCGAGAGUGUUCAGGUACGGGGAGGCCCAAUGCCCUUACAUGUUGUAUCCUACAAUUGUUCGGAUCCUACCACUAUAUCAUUCCUCAAGCAAAUAGCUGCUGUGACUGGAGGAAGAUUCCAUGCCUAUGCAGUCAUCAUGGAGAUGGACUCAUAUGAGGGUCUUCCUGUCGACCCAAACACCAACCGUGCUAACAUUGUACUGAAGAAGAAAACAUAUGGGGGAGUGCCUUCCGGAGCAGGCCUUCGGGAAGAUGUUAUUCUCCUUUUUGAAGAGCUAGAAGAUGCCCGAAAUACACUAGCGCAAAUACAAGCACUCAUGGAUGAAGUACCAGAUCCUCCAAAUACCUAUGAACCAGUAACAGAAGCUUAUGAACCAAAGAAACGCUCUGAGCAAUACAUGGACUCUAAAGAGUGGCUUCAGAAGCAUGGGCUGUCCGCUAAACGUUUGGGGUUCUUUGAUGUGCUUGGCGGUGUUGCGUUCAAACAUUGUGACGGUGUAGUUGACUCUAUGAAACCACCCUGUGAGGAGGACGAACAGACAAAUGCAAUUAUCCAGCCAAAGUUGGUGAAUGCAAGGUAUUGUGAUAAAUUUGCCCAUGUACGUUGGCGUGAUGGGAGAGUUGUCCAUGUGCAGGUCACGCCUGAGAUACAUAGGAAUUAUGAACAGAGAAUGAGAACAACAUUGGAGGCCAUAAAACAAAGGAUUGACUGGUUACAUCUUGGCAGUAGGGAGUUAUUUGGUACAGUACUAGAGGACCAGGUCUAUUUUCUCAUAGAUGUCUCAGGCUCAAUGGUUCCUAGUAUACAGUUUGUCAAAGAUAAGCUGUUUGUGCUUAUGCAGGAACAAUUGCGACACAAACAGAAGGUCAAUUUCGUAGCUUUCAGCAGUAAGGCAGUUCCCUGGAAAGAUCGCCUGGUGGAUGUGAAUGAGCGCAACCUACAGGGGGCAUGGGCUUGGAUACAGAGCCUCUCAUGUCAGGGAUCAACCAAUACGCUUGCAGCAUUGAAGUUUGCCCUUGCUGAUCACCAGACACACGCCAUCUAUUUGCUGAGUGAUGGCAGGCCCGAUCAGCCACCAAAGAACAUACUGGCCCAAGUUCAACUAAGCCAAAGGAUACCAAUACAUACAAUAUCAUUUAACUGCCAAGAUGAAGGUGCCAAUGACUUCCUGUGUAAUCUGGCCAAGGACACGGGUGGAAGGUUCCACUAUUUUUCAGAACAUGGCAUUGAUAUUGAAGUCGGGCCUGACCCUUGGGAGAGUGAAGAUGUGAGGCUCCUAAGGCAGGAGUUGAAUCUGGGAGAGACCAAUUUAGAGAAAGUCGAGAAGCUAAGAGAUGAAUGCCAGGCUCUCUCAUGGAGGAAAGAAGUCGUCAGGAAAUGUAGCAAAGAACACAGUCUACUAGGAAACAGAACAUCAGCAGUGCCUGCAUUGGACACAAAACUGCUCUACCGCUCCACUGUCAACUCAAACUCACUCUCACGGAGACCCAAGAGUGCCCAUAAGGGGGUUAGAUCCUCCCCUGUGCCCCCACCACGCCCCUCAACUUCCCUCAGUCACAGAGCAAAGUCUGCGCGAUCACCCAGGUCAAGGUCAUCAAGUGACCCUGCAAGGCCACUCAGUGGACGAAAGCCUCUUGUCUCUUACCAUACACGAACCAGUCUCCUAAGAACCCUGGGAAGUAGCGGCCAUUUUGAAGAAAGUGAGUGGUUGCUACCGGAAACGAAGGAACUGUUUGAGAAACAGUAUGAAAGACAACUUGUCUUGAAUGAAGAAGGACAACAGAAUCAGAAAAAACGAAACAGGAGAAUUAAGAAACUUACAGAUGAAAAGUACAUGUCCUCCAAGAAAUGGCUUGGUACACACGGGUUGGUGGCUCGAAAGCUGACUAUAUUAGAUGCCCUGGCGCCAACCAUCAUCCCACAUACUCCUAAAUACGUCCCUAUACUUGACAAACAUGUGCUUUCAAAGGUGUUUGAUGAUAUUAUGCCUAUUGCCCAUGCCUCUACAAGUGACAAACGGAAGAUCAAGCUGGUGAACCCAAAUGCUGUGGACCUGGAGGGUUAUGAAGAAAGGCUACAGGGAGCCCUAAAGUCAUAUAAAAAGAGAUUGAAUGAUAUUGUGUGGAAUGCACUGCCGCAGGAGGAAAAAGACCAGUUUAACAGUCACAGAGCUGUAGAUUUUAAUGACAAUAAGCUCCGCCUCCUUCAAGCACUUGACAGGUGUGGUUGGCCAAUCACAGGCACCGAUAUAACCCUCCUUGAGGAUGAAAUCCAACAAGGCCACAAAUAUCUCCAACAAUCCAGAGAUCUCAAAAGAUCUGGCAAAAGAAAAGAUCAAGACUCAGAGAGUGAAGAUUCCGACUUAGACAAUGACUCAAAUAAUAAUGACGAUAGAGAAAGCAUAAAAUCUGAAUCAAGUAAAAGAUCUGAAAAAGACAACAGUGAUGAUAAUGAUGAUGAAGAUGCUAAGAACUAUGAUGAAGCAGCCAGUGUGGCUUCUUCAAUAAGAUCGAGUCGAAGCAAUCGAAGCAGUAAAAGUUUUGAGGGUUUAGGAGAAGUGAUGGAGUCAAAGCCAACUAAAGGGAAGAAGGCCCCUCCAACCAACAACAAAGUGAAAAAGGCAUUAGACUCCCUCAGAGGCCAGAGUGUAAUAGCACGUUGGGAUCAAGAUGGUUUCUACUAUGCAGGUCUGGUAAUAAAGUGCACAGAUUCUAGACACGCCCUGGUAGAAUUUCACCAUAACCAAUCAAAGGAGACGAUACCUACACGAUUCGUGAUACCAAUAGGGGGAGCAGUAUCCAGGCCACCAUUGAGGAUUGGGGACUAUGUCUUGGCUAGAGUAUUAAAUGCAGAUACAAAGGAGGAAUGCUAUGUACCAGGAAUCAUACAAGUUACACCAAGACGUAUACAAGACCAAGCCAAGUUCUUCACACUUACGCUUUACAAUGGUGAACAGGCAACUACAAUGCGGAACUACAUUAUCAAGAUAAGCAAGGCCAGGUUUUCAUUUGCCUGUAGAUACUUGGAGGAAUGUCAAAAAGCCAAUGAUGACAGGGAGGAAGAAGAGGAAAGGAAAAAAGCUGAAGGUGAUAGAUUGAAAGAUGAGGAUGAAUCAAGGUCAUCUUCAAGGUCAAGUUCAAGGUCACAAUCUCCCUCAGGUUCUGAGGAACAUAGUAAUCGUAAGAAAGGUUCAAGAGGCAAAGUUUUAGCUGAACACGACCAAAAGCUCGCUUCCCUACAGAGGGCGCUGGAGAAGCAACAGAAACGACAAGAACGUCAACAAAGACAAUUAAAAAAGCAACAGCGUAAACUUGCAAAAGCAAGAAAGAGAUUAAAAGAACAAGAAAAUCAGAAUAAAAAUGAUGGUACCUAUGCAAGGUUAUUGGCUGACUACCAUAGACUACUUGAUGAUGCUACCAAGAAUAAAUCACCAAGACAAAGUGAAAGUCGAGGUGACCUCACUGACAGAUGGGUUGAAGAGCACAAAUCACAACCCAGUGAGGAUGGGAGGGGACUCCAUGUUCAGAUAUCAACUGAAGAAGACAAGGAGUCCAUUAUGCUGACUGAUGGAGAGAAGGGUCUUCUCAUAUCUCGAAAUCAGCCAGACUUUACGCCCCCUGCAUUGUUAGAGUUACGAAGGUCCCUGCCAAAACUGAAGGAGGGGGAGGAGGUUUUGGCUCGCUGGGGAGAUGAGGGCUGGUAUUACAGAGGUACCUUGAGGCAAGACUGCGAAGAUUACAGUUACUUUGUUGAGGAUAGUGUUGGUGAUUUGGAGAAAAUAUGGCGAGAAGACAUCAUUACUGACAAUGAUGACGCUGGCAAUGUACUACAGUACAAAGAUCCAGUGAUUGGCCUCCACCCUAGUUACGCCUUCAGUUAUGCCCCAGGGAUUAUAGUUGAGACACACAAAGACCUCUGGAACACAAUACGCUUCUACGAUGGUACAGAGGCUAAGACACCAAGGGAAGAAACUUUUAAGAUUUCCCGGGAAAAGUUUGAGUUUGAUGUUGCAUAUAUUCUGAGCUGUGAAGACCAAUGGGUGGGUCAGGCUGUGGUUGCUAGGAACGACGCAACAGGGACAUACCAUCUAGGCUCUAUUCGAGAGAAAAUUGGCAACAAUCGACAAUAUGUCAUAGAAUGGUCUGAUGGGUCGUUAUCUGUUCAAAGCGCCACCUUUAUAUUUGGAGCAAUUACCAAACGUCACCCACUAGCCAUUGGGGAUCGUGUAUUAGCCAUCGCUGAUGAGUCGCAACUCUUGUAUCUUCCUGGCUGGAUCACGGACAGUGAUGGAGAAAAAUUGACAGUGAAGUUCGCAAAUAAACAGAAAAGUGAUGAUGUUGACCCGGUGCAAUGUUUUUGGCUAUCGCAGGAUUACUAUGACAAUGCUGUGUCUUAUUACAAGAGUAGGCAGGCUGAAUAGUAAAUGUGUUACUAUGACAAUGAGUAAAUAUGUUGCUAUGACAAUAAAUAAACAUAUCACGGGACUUACCACGAGUAUGCAGGAUGAAAAGAGGACAUGCCACUAUGGCAAUUGUUAAACAUAAUUUAUGGUUACCAUGACAGUACUACAUCAUAUUGUUUAUUACAAGGGUGUACAAUUCAAUUGUAGAGGAAGCAGAGUCUCUGCUCAACUGCUCAACUCUCCUCCCGUUACCCACUUUGGUAGAUACAGUGCAUUAAGAUGUGUUCCAGUUGUAUAUUCCUAGGUUCCUGUUGAUUAAACAUAAAUGUAAUUCCAAACGAAUGCAACAUGUUACUAUGGUUACCAUAGCAACCUCUGUCAAAUGUGCCAGAACAUUGAAGUCUUAUUAACAUUGAAACAUUGAUAAUGAGGGAAGAAAUCUUCUCCACAUCCUAUGGUCAGAUCUUUCUGUAUUUAAAUGGACACAAAAUUGACCAAAGUAAACAUUCAUGAUAUUGGAGUCAUAGUAUGCUUGAUGAUAAUGAAUAAAUUAUAAAGGAUAGUUGGACAAUCCAAAUUUCUACUAAUCAUGUAAUUUUAUAUAUGCUAUUUGAACAAAUGUUUUUGAAGGGUUUUACCUAAAUCAUCCUCAACGCUGUG